GCUAUUUAUGCAGGACUCUCCCAGUGGGUGUCACAUACACACAGAGGUCUGGUACUGCAGGCAGCUCACUGCUGCUGCUUCCUGUAUUGAGGCACCAGCCCUCAGAAGACCUGUACGUUUCACGCCUCGAGUUUAAACACCGAGGUGGACACCGUAGAAGAGUCCCGGUAUUUCUGCACCCUGUGGCGGCUGCGCUGACCCUCAGAGAGGAGAGGACUGCUGUUUUAACGGCUCAGAAACUCAAAGCACGAUUCUCACCCGGCGCUAGCUAGUUCGCAGCUAGCUGGCUAAUGGCUAAUAGCAGCAGGUAGAUAACGGACAAGAAACCGGAUAAAACCAGCCUGUCACAUAUUUUUAUUUUUUUAGAAUAGCUCGAAAACCAUCUGACAUUUGAAGCGCUUAUCGGUAUGACACGGUUUAUUAAUUCUGCUAAUUGACAUGUUCCCAGAAGUUCAUUAACCCUGCUAACGUUAACUAGCCAAGUCGUUAGCCACUUGGAGCGGAUCCUGUUGCUCUUUUUUUUUUUACAGGUUUUUGUUUAAGGGCAAGUUUAGAUUAGCAGCACCUAGCCUCGUCGCACAAAAGGGUUAAUAUUUAGGACGUCGUUUAGUUUAGUUAAUAUUGAAAUGGCUCCCAAAAGAAGACCAGUUCCUCUGAACAUUACGCCCAUUGGGGAGGGUCAGGCCACCUCAAACACCAUCGAUGCUGCAUCUGAAGCCAACCUUGAGGCCUUACAGAAGAAACUGGGUGAGCUGGACCUGGAUGAACAACAGAGAAAACGUCUGGAAGCAUUCCUUACCCAGAAAGCUCAGGUUGGCGAGCUGAAGGAUGAAGAUUUCGACCCAAUAUGCGAGUUGGGAGCUGGAAACGGUGGAGUGGUCAACAAAGUCCGGCACAAACCUUCGGGUUUGGUCAUGGCUCGAAAGUUAAUACACCUGGAGAUCAAACCUGCCAUCAGGAACCAGAUCAUCCGAGAGCUGCAAGUGCUGCACGAGUGCAACUCUCCCUACAUCGUGGGCUUCUAUGGAGCUUUUUACAGUGAUGGAGAGAUCAGUAUCUGUAUGGAGCACAUGGAUGGUGGCUCACUUGACCAGGUUCUGAAGGAAGCCAGAAGAAUCCCUGAAGAAAUCCUGGGAAAAGUUAGCAUAGCUGUGUUAAGAGGAUUAGCCUAUCUGCGAGAGAAGCACCAGAUCAUGCAUAGAGACGUGAAACCCUCCAACAUCCUGGUCAACUCCCGUGGGGAGAUCAAGCUGUGUGACUUUGGCGUGAGCGGCCAGCUCAUAGAUUCCAUGGCCAACUCCUUUGUUGGAACACGCUCCUACAUGUCGCCGGAGAGACUGCAGGGCACCCACUAUUCAGUUCAGUCUGACGUGUGGAGCAUGGGCCUGUCCUUGGUGGAGCUGGCGAUCGGCCGCUACCCCAUCCCCCCACCAGACGCCAGGGAGCUGGAGGCCAUUUUUGGACGUGCCAUCAUGGACGGGGCAGAGGGAGAACCUCACACCAACAUGGCUAGACCCAGACCACCGGGCAGGCCUGUAAGCGGACAUGGGAUGGACAGUAGACCUGCCAUGGCUAUCUUUGAACUUUUGGACUACAUCGUGAAUGAGCCCCCUCCUAAACUCCCACAUGGUGUCUUUACCAGUGACUUCCAGGACUUUGUGACAAAAUGCCUGAUUAAAAACCCAGCAGAAAGGGCAGACCUGAAGAUGCUGAUGAAUCACACAUUUAUCAAGCGAUCGGAAGUGGAGGAAGUGGACUUUGCCGGCUGGUUGUGCAAAACCAUGAACCUUCACCAGCCUAGUACUCCUACUCGCACCACUGAGUGAUUUGGCCCCUCACCCACCACCACCCAAAAAAAAAAAAAAUACCCUUCCUUACUCCCGACACACUUCUAGUGUCUCUCUGCAUAUGCAUUCAUGUACACAAUCCACCACACAUGCUGGCACUUUUUCUUUUUUUAAAUUUUUUUUUGUCUUGCUCUUGGGUAAAAUAUUUGUAGCUUCCCUUCGUUUAUUUCAUCAACAGCUGCCGAGUCUGUUGAUUCUCUCUUGUACUGUAAGGCCACAGCUUCACCGUGACAGUGUAGAGCGCAACCUCCGCUCACGUUUUCAUACCGCUGCAGAGGAUGUAAAGCACUGAAGGGCUGCUGUAGUGUCAUCAGAAUUCGCAGUGGCAAACUUAUUUUGUAUUGUUGAAUAUUCUGUAUUAAUCUUUUCUAUGGUGGCUCCUGGGGCUGUAUUUUAUUAACCUGCUGUAAAAGGAGAAACGAUGGGCUAAAAGUCAAAAGGAAAUGUAACGCGCAAUCUUUUUUGAGGACUUUACGUUUAAUUAAUAAGAAAUGCCUCUGUUACAGAAGAACACCUUUUUUUUCUGGCAGAGACCUUCCAAUCGCCUCCACUGUAAUAAUCAAUAAGAGAGCAUUUCAAGUAAAAUGGACACCUACUGGAGUAGUUUUCACUUUUUGGCAAGUCAAUCGUUCAAAAGAUCAUUUUGUGAAGUGUGUCCCAAACCAAAGAGGGUACUCGUGACUACUUAUUGCUUUAAUGGCUGGUCACCAUUUAAAUUCUUCAGCAGAAAGUCAGAGUAAUUAAGUAGGUUCUCUGUUUCUUUCAGUUACUGACACACAACCAUGUGUUUGGGUUUUUUUCCUUAGUGAACAUUUUUUACAUCUCCUGUUUGUCUAACAAGAGAUGAGGCAUAUCCUCUGGAAGCCUGAUAGUUGCCAAUAUGUCUUUCUUGACAUUAAAGAUAAAGAGGAUAAAGGCAUUUUCUCGAGUUGAUAUAGCAUGAUUUAGCUUUUUAAUGAUUGUAUGUGUUCUCAAGAUCAUGGUGGGGAUGAGCUGAUAUUUGUUAAGCAAGCCUCAGUUCCUUCUGUGUCAGUAUAAGGUUUCAAUCUCAUUGAAUGAUCUUGUUUUUUUUCCUCUUUGUUCUAUACCUUUUCCUCAAUGGUUUUUUUUCUGGGGUUACAUUUCCAGUAAACUGCUAGAUGUGGCGCUCCAAGUUUGAACUUGGGACAACACUAUUUAAAGCCUUGCUUGCAAAAAAGACUUGGGUUAAAAUGCUUUUGAAAUGCACCUUUUUGAGGCUUUUUUUUUUUGUUUUCAAAACAAACACAGCCUCACAGUGCAUCAGAUCUGUCAAAGGGUACAAACGGUUCUAGAUUUUAACCCAGGUCAGUUUUGGUUACAUGGUGGUGUUACAUGCUAGCCUGCUGUCUUGCUAGAGCUCCUGUAUUCUCUCUGCUUAUGGCUGCCCUUUCUACUCCUCCCAUUCAAAAUGCGCAUUCUUAAAAGGAAAUGGAUGCCUCGUCACUUGUACGUGUACAAAGCUAUAAACAAAAUUACAUGAGUACUAUUUUGCAGUCUUAAUAUACAAAUUUUUGAUUUUAUGUAAAUGACAAGAAGAGUCAUUUUAUUAUAAUAUAAAAAAAUGUGUUUGAAAUGGUUAUAAUGUAUAAAACUAUUGAAAUAAAAGCUAUUUGUGAAUGUA